AUGCCCAAACCUCAGCUGUGCGCCCUUCUCUUCCUGCAUUUCCUAAUCUGCGGAGGGGUCUCACUUUCCGAUCUAAAUUCCGGCGAAUUAGCUGGGAAUAUCAGCGAUUGCGCGGCCGAGGAGGAGCUGGUGGAUUCGGAGAGCGAUCGGAGGGCGCUGCUGAUGCGGCGGAGAUACAUCAGCUACGACACGCUGAGAAGAGACUUGGUGCCGUGCGAUCGCCCCGGAGCUUCGUAUUACAACUGCAAGGCCGCCGGCGUCGCCAAUUCCUAUAGCAGAGGUUGCGAGAUGAUCACGAGAUGCGCCAGGGGAGACUGA